GAGAGAACAGGACAAGAUAAGUCAGAGACACUCGCACUUCAACUCUCAAAAAUAGCAGUUAAAGACAAGACAAAAUUAAGCUUAGUUUUAAAAAGUUCAAAUGAGGGAAACCCUAACAACAUAGGCUACUCCUUGCAAAGGGGGAGUUAAACACAGCAUAGACCUGCUCGAUACUGGUUCAACCAGUUUCUCACUGAGGCAGGUCAUUUUUCCCACUUGAAAACAAGAAAAUAAAGUCAGGUAGUGGGCUGAAAGGCUAUUUCCUAGCUUUUACACCAAGGAAGGAAUAUCAGAUCAUCAGAUAGAGCCACUAAACAUCAAGAUGCCCGAGGAGGAAGAUGGUAACAAAAAAAAAGGAGUGCCUAAGAAAUUUGAUCCCAACUUCAAAGGGCCCAUUCAAAACAGAGGAUGUACAGACAUUAUUUGCUGUGUCUUCUUCCUUUUGGCCAUACUGGGUUAUAUCGCAGUGGGUAUUGUUGCCUGGUCUCAUGGUGACCCAAGGAAGGUGAUCUACCCCACAGACAGCAUGGGACAGUUCUGUGGGCAGGGAGUACUGGAAAAAAAGCCAUUCUUGUUCUACUUUAACAUCAUGAAGUGUGCCAGUCCCAUGGUCCUCUUAGAGUUCCAGUGUCCCACCCCACAGUUGUGUGUAGAGAAAUGUCCUAAUCGCACAUUGACUUUGGUGACCGCUAUCUUGAAUGCAGAAGACUGGAAAUACUAUAAAGGUUUUUGCCGUGAAGAUCCAGGGAUGAAGAGUGUGCCGGAGAUUUUGCUAGAAAAGCUGUGUCCUGCAUAUUUGAUUUCCAGCACAAAAUUUUUGCAACGGUGUUUUCCGACUCUGGGCAAAAAGGGGCAAACCAUCACAGUGGGUGAUAUGGAGACGUUUGAUGAUGGACGGGGCAAUAUAAGAAACGCCAAAGACCUGGUGGCUGGAAUGAAGAAUGCUACGAUAGUCAUGGAGGGUCGUCAAGUUGCAAUGAAGAUCUUUGAGGAUUACACAAAGUCUUGGUACUGGAUCCUUAUUUGUCUGUUGAUUGCUGUGGUGGUGAGUCUGAUCUUUAUUGUUCUUCUGCGUUAUCUGGCUGGAGUCAUGGUGUGGGUCAUGAUCCUCAUGGUCAUCGCUGUCAUUGCCUAUGGUAUCGUUCACUGCUGUAUUAAGUAUGUGAAUCUGAAGGACACGCCUGGUGCUAAUAUCACUCUACAGCAGCUGGGCUUCCAGCCGGAUUUCACUGUAUACCUGCACAUCAGACAGACCUGGCUGGCCUUCACCAUCAUCCUGGCUAUCGUGGAGCUCAUCAUCAUCCUCCUCCUCAUCUUCCUCAGGAACAGAAUCUGCAUCGCUGUUGAGCUCGUGGAAGAGGCCAGCAGAGCCAUUGGAUAUGUGAUGUCAUCACUGUUCUACCCAAUGUUUACCUUCUUUCUCCUGACUGUAGUCAUUGCGUACUGGGCCGUCACUGCAGUCUUUCUCUCUACAUCCAGUGAGCCUGUGUAUAAAGUUUUCAACGAAACCGAUUGUUCUCAUUCCAGAGAAACCUGUAAACCUGAGAACUACACGCUUUCUGAAAUGAAGCGAGACUGCCCGCAGUCGGAGUGCCUGUUUGUUUUCUAUGGUGGGGAAACGGCCUAUCACAAGUACCUGAUCUUCUUCCAAUUCUACAACGUCUUCUUGUUCUUCUGGUGUGCCAACUUUGUGACCGCUCUGGGUCAGAUGACUCUGGCUGGAGCCUUCGCGUCUUACUACUGGGCUUUUAAGAAACCCGAUGACAUACCUGCCUUCCCACUGAGUGCCGCUCUGGGCAGAUCCCUCAGGUAUCACACGGGCUCUCUGGCGUUUGGUUCUCUCCUCCUUGCCAUUGUACAGAUUAUCAGGGUUCUGCUGGAGUAUCUUGACCACAAACUCAAGGCCGCAGAGAAUAAAUUUGCCAAGUUCUUGUUGUGCUGUCUGAAGUGCUGCUUCUGGUGUCUGGAGAAGUUCAUCAAGUUCAUUAACAGGAACGCCUACAUUAUGGUGGCCAUAUACGGUAAGAACUUCUGCAGGUCUGCACGAGAUGCCUUCUUUCUCCUGAUGAGAAAUGUAGUGAGGGUGGUAGUCCUGGAUAAGGUCACCGAUUUUAUCUUAUUCCUCGGAAAACUCCUCGUUGUGGGUCUUGUGGGUAUAUUCGCUUUCUUCUUCUUCUCUGGACAUACAAAUGCAUUUAAGGGCACUGCACCAAGUCUCCAUUAUUACUGGGUCCCUAUUUUGACGGUGUUAGUGGGGUCCUACCUCAUUGCCCACGGGUUCUUCAGCGUUUACGCCAUGUGCGUGGACACACUCUUCCUCUGCUUCGUGGAGGACCUGGAGAGAAAUGACGGCAGCCCAGAACGACCCUAUCUGAUGUCUGACAACCUUCUCAAUGUUUUGAAGAAGAAGAACCAGGCCAACUAGUAGUUACGGCUCCUUACUGGCGAUCAGGGUUGCUGUAUGUAUGUACCUGUGACACCUCAGUAGUUACAGUGUUAAACUGAAAGUGCCUUAAACUUGUGCCUUUUCUCAACAUGCCUUAAAGCCAGAGACUAUUGUGUAUAUAUCAACUGAUGAGAUUCUUUGAAAAUGGUUGACCACUGAAUCUCAGCCAUAUAAAAUGCAGAAACUCUAGCAGAUCCAUUACUUUUACAACAGUGGGGGGGGGUGCACCUCGAGUUUCAGAGGUCAGAUGUGUUAUUUCAAUGCGUUUUGUUAUUCCUGCUAAACAUUUUAAAGCCACUUUAAAGACUAUAACUGUCAGGAAGUGUUUCGUCGUAAGUGCUCUGAUUUGCAUGUUGCUGUUUGACAUGUAUUUCAUAGUGUUUAUAGUUGUUACAGUUUUCAUUAAAACAGCAGUUUUUGAUUGGGAUUAUUGCUGGAAUUUUCGAACAACAUUUUCAAAUUGUUUUCUUUGUCAUGCCAGUUAAUAUUUAAGUUUGGCUGUUUUUAUAAGAGAUGAUUAACAAUUGAAGUUUUAAUUCAGUGUAAGACAUCAUAUGUAAUCAUUUUCUGAUCCUGAACACCAGAUGCAUGAUGUGUCUGUUUCUUUGUAUAUUUGUUAAGAGCUUCUUGUGUUACAGAAGCCACGAUAUAGCACAUGUUUGAAGAGUUUUGUUGCAUAUGUUUGUGCCUCAGUACAUGAUAAAUAAAGAAUUUUAUACUUUAA